AUGAUACCGGUCUCCAAAUUGACGACUGCGCGCCCCUUUCGCAUUGCCGUCGCUGUCCUGUUCUCUUUGCUAUUCUUUCACACUGUUUAUGUCUGGAAACCCUUGGUACUCUCUGAUGCAAACACUGAGCCGACUCGAACAUCUGGAAUUUUCACAACCGCCGACGCUGAUGCAGUCCCUUCGGUUCCUUCCGCCACUACCGGAGCCAGCGAGCUAAAGCCUCAUUCCUUAAACAACCACACUGCCAUCCCUGGUAUUCCUGAUAAGGUGUGGCACUCGGCGAAGAAUAACCACGUCACGGAUACGCAGCGGACAUGGAUCAACAGCUGGACAGACAAAAACCCCCGUCACCGCGAGGAAUUGUUGACCGAUGAUUCGGGUGCGGCCUUUGUGAAGGCGAAUUACCAGCAGCGACCAGACAUUGUCGAGGUCUACAACGCGAUCCCGAUCCCGAUUUUACGGGCAGAUCUUCUUCGCUAUCUGAUCGUUCUUGCCGAGGGCGGAAUUUGGAGCGACUUGGAUGUCACCUGUGACAAACCCGUUGUCGACUGGGUACCUCCAGAAUACAAAGAUCACAAUGUGGAUAUGAUCGUUGGGUUAGAGUUUGACUUUGAUUGGCGAGGACCGGGAACUGAAGUUGCGUCUCAAUUCUGCAACUGGGCAUUCGCCGCACAACCGUCUUCGCGCAAUUUACAAGCAGUCGUUGACUCUGUGAUCAAAACACUCCAAGAUAUCGCUCGGACCAACGGUGUUGAUCUCUCCAGGAUUACUCUGGAAAUGCUCCCAGUGGACGUGGUGAACGUCACAGGCCCUAAAAUUAUGACUUUUGCGCUCCUGGAAAGCCUCGGUCAACUAUUGGGCAGAGCAGUCGACGACCGCGAUUUUGCAGGCAUCAAGCACCCAAAGUUACUGGGUGAUCUUCUUAUAAUGCCCGGUGUAUCCUUUGCGGCGGCACAGAAUAGGUAUCCGAAGGACCAGGGUGAUGCCCUCGUGACCCAUCACUACGAAGGCUCCUGGAAGCAAGCGGAUGCGGAAGCCAAGGAGAAAAAGAAAGAACAACAGCAACCAUGA